AAAAACCUUUCCUUCGCAAAAUUUUAAAAGGACUGAAAUUUCCUUCUCGUCUCCCUUCAAAUCUGACAUCGUUGAUCUCUCUCUCUCUGAGAUGAAGAACAAAGGUUCCAGAAAGCUAUCGUUGACAUGGAUUCCGUUUCUCUGCAUCUCUUCUUUCGCUCUCGGAGCAAUCUUCACCUCCAGGUUGUGGGCGCCGUCGUCCGAUUCCGGCAGUCAGCUCAUUUCUCAGCACAUGCGUGAUCAUGAACUUCAGAUAGUUUCCGACGACUGUUCUGAUAAGAAAAAAAAGACACGGGGUAAAGGUGCACUGGAGGAGGUUUUGCGAACCCGUGAAGCAAUACAGGUGGACGGGUCACUGGACAAGUCAGUUUCAAUGCUUCAGAUGGAGCUGUCAGCAACACGGAGUUCUCAAGAGACGGGAGAUGGCUCAGGGACAACCUCUGAAUCGGAAGGAAACCCGAGGAAGAAAGUUUUCAUGGUUAUUGGGAUUAAUACCGCUUUUAGCAGUAGAAAGAGGCGUGAUUCAGUUCGAGAGACAUGGAUGCCUCAGGGGGAGAAGCUCGAAAAAUUGGAACGAGAGAAAGGCAUCAUCGUCAAGUUCAUGAUUGGUCACAGUGCAACAUCAAAUAGUAUUUUGGAUAGAGCUAUUGAUUCAGAAGAUGCUCAACACAAAGACUUCCUUCGGCUGGAGCAUGUUGAAGGGUAUCAUGAACUGUCUGCAAAAACCAAAAUUUUCUUUUCCACCGCAGUUGCAAAGUGGGAUGCAGAGUUCUAUGUCAAGGUUGAUGAUGAUGUCCAUGUCAAUCUUGGUAUGCUAGCUUCCACUCUUGCCCAUCACCGUUCAAAGCCGAGGGUCUAUAUUGGGUGCAUGAAGUCUGGGCCUGUUCUUUCGCAAAAGACUGUCAAGUACCAUGAGCCCGAGUACUGGAAAUUUGGAGAGGAAGGAAACAAAUACUUCAGGCAUGCCACUGGACAGAUCUAUGCCAUCUCAAAGGAUCUUGCUACAUACAUCUCCAUCAACCAGCCGAUUUUGCAUAAGUAUGCAAAUGAAGAUGUGUCGCUCGGGUCAUGGUUUAUUGGUCUAGAGGUUGAACACAUCGAUGAUCGCAACUUCUGUUGUGGGACUCCACCAGAUUGCGCAUGGAAGGCUCAGGCGGGCAACGUGUGUGUAGCCUCGUUUGAUUGGAGCUGCAGUGGGAUCUGCAAAUCGGUGGAGAGAAUGAAGCCGGUUCAUGAAAUGUGUGGUGAAGGAGAAGGAGCCGUUUGGAAUGCCCUUCUCUAAUAGGCGAGCAGACUCACUUAGUGCCAAUACAAGAAAACACUUACAGUUAGAGCUUGUUCAGACAGCAAGAGGGUGAUGGAAUGAAUGUCUGAAACAGAGUGGAAGAAGAGGAUGGCGGUUUUGUAGAGAGGAACUGAGGCAACACAAAAUAGAGAUACAGGCGAAAAGCUAAGGGAGCCUAUGCAGAGAAUUUCCCACAGAUGGGGAAGUUGCCCUUUUUCAGAUAGGGAAGAAAAAGGCUUCGUUGUGACUCUGUAAUGCUUAUGCUGAUAGUUUUUUUUUGUUUGUUUCUGAAGCCGUGAGGAUUGCUCUGUGCAUUAACCGGUCUUUCAUUUGAAAUCUGGGCCUGUACCAUUUGUCUCUUUUUUUUUUUUUACAAAAUUUUACAAGAUUCAGGAGGUAUUUUUUCGGCCUAA